AUGCCUGCCAAAGCACCCGUUCAAUACCCCUCCGAGAUGGACGUCAUGGAUUCUCGUGACUCUAUCACCGAGUCUGGCUAUGUGAGCGGCGGUUCCAGCGAGGAAUACAUCCCAGAGAUCGUCUUCACCAAGCCCCAUCUCAAGUUUCUGAAUCGUCAGCUGCAAUUCCUUGAGCCUCAGGAAAUUCUCCGAUGGUGCAUCACGUCACUGCCCCAUCUCUUCCAAACAACUGCCUUCGGCCUGACCGGCCUGGUCACUUUGGACAUGAUGUCCAAACUUGAUAUUCCUCGCCCCCAGAUGGUUGAUUUGAUCUUCCUCGACACUCUGUACCACUUUCAAGAGACCCUGGACCUGGUUGACCGGGUACGCAAGCAAUAUCCUCUCAACAAUAUCCAUGUAUACAAGCCUGCCGGUGCCGAAACCACCGCCGAGUUUGAAGCUAAGUAUGGUGCCCGUCUUUGGGAGACCGAUGACCAGCUCUAUGACUGGGUUGCCAAGGUUGAGCCUGCUCAGCGGGCUUACCGCGAGCUGAACGUUCACGCCGUUCUCACUGGCCGUCGCCGCAGCCAAGGUGGCAAGCGCGGUGACCUCGACGUUAUCGAAGUCGACGAAGCCGGCCUGAUCAAGGUCAACCCCUUGGCUAACUGGUCUUUCGACCAAGUCAAGCAGUACGUCCGGGAGAACAACGUCCCCUACAACGUGUUGCUUGACCGUGGCUAUAAGAGUGUUGGUGACUGGCACUCCACCCAGCCUGUCGCCGAUAACGAGGAUGAGCGCUCUGGUCGCUGGAAGGGUCAGCAGAAGACUGAGUGUGGUAUCCACAACCCCCGCUCCAAGUACGCCCAGUACUUGAUGGAGAUGGAACGCAAGCGCCAGGAAGAGGCCCUGACCCAAGCACUUCACUCUCAGCUCUCUACUGCUGCUCAGUGA